AUGGGCGGCAUAGGUGGCAACCUCUACCUCAGCAUGUUGAAUGGGACUGAAACGCAAACUUUCGGAAAGGGUACGGACAUCGCCAGUCACCUCCACCGCGGCACCAAGGAGCUCGCCGAGUUCAAAAUGGGGAUUCAGGACGCGAGGUUGUACUACACGGACUCUGUGCAAAGCGGGCAGGACGCGCUGGCUCUGCCGUAUCAUACAGAGCAAGCGGUCGGAGGCUACGGAGCUCAGCCCGGCAGGUUUUACGCACAGACGCUCAGCAGCUGUCCGUACGGCGGGGUGAGGUCUCCGCCGAGAAGUGGGGCCGGGCAGGGUUACAUCCCCACGGCUGGAGACGGCUUUCCCACGGGUGCUAAAGACGUGUACUCUCCUUCUGCGGAGAAUUACACUACGGGCUUCCAGCACGGCUACCAGCGUCCUCCUCUCUACAAUUUACCUGGGCUACAGGUGUGCGGGAAGACUCAGGUUCUGCUCAACAACUACCCGCUGUGGGCCAAGUUCCACAAGUUCCAAACCGAGAUGAUCAUCACCAAACAGGGGAGGAGGAUGUUUCCGUUCCUGAGCUUCAACAUCACCACUCUGGACCCGUCCGCGCACUAUAACGUCUACGUGGACGUGAUUCUGGCCGAUCAGCACCACUGGAGGUACCAGGGCGGCAAGUGGGUCCAGUGUGGGAAAGCCGAGGGUAACAUGCCAGGAAACAGGACGUACAUGCACCCCGACUCUCCCAACACUGGAGCUCAUUGGAUGAGACAAGAAGUGUCGUUCAGCAAACUCAAACUCACCAACAACAAAGGAAGCACCAAUAAUGUGGCACAGAUGAUCGUGCUCCAGUCGCUUCAUAAGUACCAGCCACGUCUUCACAUCAUGGAGGUGAAGGAGGACGGCUCGGAGGAUCCCUUCCUCGCCAAAUCUCAGGUCUUCGUCUUCCCGGAGACUCAGUUCAUCGCUGUCACUGCUUAUCAAAACGCAGAUAUCACUCAGCUGAAAAUAGACCAUAACCCCUUCGCUAAAGGUUUCCGCGACAAUUACGACACGCUGUACGCUCCUCCUGACUCUGAUCGCCUCACCCCCUCCCCUACAGAGAGCCAGCAGCUGCUGCCAGGGAGCUGCUACCCCCAAGGCUACCUCUCUGAGCAGUACAUGAGCCCCCUGCCCCAGACCCGCUUCUACGGCCGGGAGCCCAUCGGUAUGGGUCAGCAGCACAAAGACCCAGCCUCCAGCCCCGGUCCUCACAGCCGCUGGUACCUGCCCCCCCAGCAGGGUGUGACACCCAAUCGGCUUGACUUCACUUCCUCCUAUGAGGGGGACUUCUCCGGAAACGGCUUCUACAAACCUUUCCCCUUGCAGACAUCCGCCCACCAUGCCCUUAGCUACUACCCUGACCACCCUUUUGCAUCUACUAGCGUGUCUGUAUCAGGGGCCGCCUCAGCGGGCUGGAGUACCAGCCGGCCCACCCCUCAGUACCUCAGCCACCCCAGUAAACCCGGCCCUAGUCUGGGCUGGUUUAGACCCCUAUCCUCCUCCUCUUCCUCCUCCUCCUCAACGUCACCCGGCAACCCCAGGCUGCAUCCUCCCUCGCUUCUAGAGUCUCUCCAGCCGCCCCUGCUGCAGGACAAGCCCAAAGACACUGGAGCCGUGGUGGGAGACGAGCCCUGGCUCGAACCACCUUCUGUGAAAUCGGCAGACUCUGCAGACUCAGGCCUGUUUGAGGGCGGCGUGGGGGACACCAAGAAGCGGAGGGUGUCGCCCUACACGUCCAGCACCGAAAACUCCCCGCCUCCGCGCAGUGGAGACGUCUGCGAGAAAGACAGCAACAGCGAUGCAGACUACUAUGGCUAUUACACCCACUGAAGACCUCACACAUCACCACCGCCACAGUCUCUCCCAGCGUCUUCCCACACCUCCCUCAUGGGCACAUCAGUCUGUCCAAUCAGGUCAUGAUCAUCCCUUUUUUUUUUUUCUUCUGUUUUUGUUUUCUUGCUCCAGACAAUUACCAGAACCACAUAACAGAACGUGCAACAACCUCAUCUACUUUCACAUCAGAGUGUGUGGGGAGCCUAUCUUUAAAACUCAAAAGUGUCAAAUGAAUACAGGAGGAAGUUUCUAAGGUUGUUGUCAAAGUUAGUGUUGAAACAGGAGGCCGAGUGGAUGUGACUGGUCCAGCGACAACUGCCCUACAGUCACAUAAACACCAAACAGACAUAAAGACCUGUGACUUAAGCCUUUGAAACAUCUGGAUAUUUGAAAAAAAAAAAAAAAGAAGGAGAAAAAAAAAAAGAUCUGCAUAUCUGCUUGCUGACAGAUGCCUGCAGGGAUUGUCUGUUCUUUCUGCAUCAAACGCUCUCUCUGUCUCUUUUGCUCUGUCUUGUCUCCGCCUUGUCUCUUCCUACUCACCCUCAACCAUUCUCACGUUCGUCCCCCCGCCCCCCCCCCCUGAUGAUUGUGAGAGGAAAUAAUAUUUUACACACACAGCCUAUCGUCGUCUCCUCCUCCUCCUCUUCUUCUUCUCACUCAGUGCGGC